AUGGCCGCGUCGAAUAGAGACAGACCCAUCGUUCUAAUAAUUGGGGCGGGACUGACGGGGCUACUUGCAGCACAAGGAUUAAAGCAGAACGGUUUUAAAGCAAUUGUUGUUGAAAAGGAAGAGGCCAUCGAUGCGCGGCCCCGCGAAUGGACAAUGCUCGUGCACUGGGCCAUGCCCAUCUUUCAGCGCUUGGUGCCCAAGGACAUACUCCGAAACUUGAACGAUGCUCUCUGCAAUCCAAAUCUGCAGUUUGACGCAGAGACAGAGACUCUUCCGUGCUAUAAUGGAGUAACAGGGGAGCUCCUCUUCAGCAGUCCCACGCCCGGCGCCAGACGUGUUAGCCGUAGACGCCUGCGCGCGCUGCUUGCUGGAGGUAUUGACAUACAAUGGAAUAUGUCUCUCAAGGAUAUAACUCGGACGGAUAAUGGCAUCAGAGCCGACUUUGAAGGCGGCGAAACAAUCGAUGCCGACUAUCUUCUCGGAACCGAUGGCACCUCAUCCAAAGUCAGGGAGAUACUCAUCGGAGCGGAGAAGGCGCAACCACAAGGCUCCGGAUUUUUAUUUGCGACUGGCAUCAACCAGUAUGAAGAUGCCGAAAAAACGAAAGCAAUUGCCGACAAACACCCAGUGGCAGCACUGAUGAUGGGGACCAGCUCCGUAGGCGGCAUCGGCGUUCUCUCUGCAAAGGACCCCGGCGAUAAAUCCACGUGGGCAACCUUUUGGGUCAAAAUAUGGCGUGGCGAGCCAGUUGAUCUACGAGGGCGCGAAGCUCUGGACUACAUCAGAACUCAAACAGCGCCGUUGCGUGACGAGUUUCAACUAGCAAUAGAUUGGACUCCGGACAAUUCAUACGUCAGCGUAAAUGAGAUGAAGUAUUGGAUUCCAGUUGAAUGGGACAAUCAUGGUGGCCGUGUCGCACUCGCUGGAGACGCCGCUCACCCAAUGCUUAUCUAUCGUGGCCAAGGAUUUCAGCACUCCAUUACGGAUGUGGAUAAUUAUGUCAAUGCACUCCUGCAGCUGCAUGCUGAUGCGGGUAAUAACUUAUUACGGGCGGACGUAAUGGAUGCAUUCGAUGAUGAAGUGGUGAAAAGAGGCGCCAAUGCUGUGGAACAGUCACUCUGCGAGGCGGAAAAGUCGCUCGAUAUCAAUACAGUGAAACAGAUGCUGAUGGCGACGAGAGGGCAUGGAAAGUGA